AUGGCCAACGACGAGUACGAUUUUCUCUUCAAAGUGGUCCUCAUCGGAGAUUCGGGCGUUGGAAAGUCCAACCUUCUCAGUCGAUUCACCCGUAACGAGUUCAACCUCGACUCCAAGUCCACCAUCGGCGUAGAGUUUGCCACCAGAUCCAUCCAGGUCGACUCCAAGACAAUCAAGGCACAGAUUUGGGAUACUGCUGGCCAGGAACGUUAUCGCGCCAUCACCUCUGCCUACUACCGCGGUGCUGUCGGCGCCCUCCUCGUCUACGAUAUCAGCAAGGGCGUGACGUUUGAGAACGUGAACCGAUGGCUGAAGGAACUGCGCGACCAUGCCGACCAGAACAUCGUCAUCAUGCUUGUGGGUAACAAGAGCGAUUUGCGGCAUCUGAGAGCCGUGCCCACAGAGGACGCCAAGAAGUUUGCCGAGGAAAACCAUCUAUCCUUUAUCGAGACUUCGGCUCUCGACGCCACAAACGUUGAGCUUGCGUUCCAAAACAUUUUGACUGAAAUCUACAAGAUCGUGUCAACCAAGAACUUCGACAACGGCCCCAGCGGGUCCACCGAGGGCCACCAAAACCUGUCCGGCCAGAGCAUCUCGCUCAGCCAGACCGCGAACGACCCUCAGGCGAAGUCUGGCUGCUGUUAG